AUGUCUUCUGAUUUAGAAAACCAGCUUCAUGUGAUAUCACAGGGAAAACCGAGCCAAAUUCAUGCAGAAAACUCCUCUCUUGAUGGUCUUGAAGUGUCCAAAGUUUCCACGGAAGGUGAGUAUAUUCAGAUUGGUAAUGAACGGUUCCGUCGUACGGAACUUGUCCAAGCUUUUGGUGGAUCUAUGACAGCGGGGUUAUCUCCACCUCCAAAGCAUGAUUUUGCUAAUCCUGCUCCAUUGGGGCUAUCUUCUUUCGCCCUCACUAUGUUUGUUCUUUCUCUAGUGAAUUGUGAGGCAAGAGGUGUUGUAAUACCUAACAUAGUUGUAGGUCUUGCCUUUUUCUACGGUGGGAUGGCCCAGCUUGUAGCUGGGAUGUUUGAAAUAGCAGUAGGUAAUACAUUUGCAGGAGCAGCAUUAUCUUCAUAUGCCGGCUUUUGGGGUUCUUGGGCUGCAAUUUUCACUCCUACAUUCGGUAUUAUUACAGCCUACGAUGGACACUCGGAAGAAUUAAGAAAUGCAAAGGGUCUUUUUCUUGUUGGUUGGUUUAUUUUCACUUUUUUCUUGAUGCUAUUAACAUUGAAGUCUACCGUGGCCCUUUUCGUGUUAUUUUUCCUUCUAUCCAUCACUUUCCUUCUACUAGCGAUAGCUGAAUUUAAAGAUUCCAUUCCUGUCAAGAAAGCUGCGGGCGUUUUCGGUCUUUUAACUGCAUUCGCCGGUUGGUAUAAUGCCUUUGCCGGAACAAUCUCAUUGUUGAUACUAGAUGUUCCAUUAAAUUCCUUGAAAUUUGAGUUUCCUAAACCUUAA